AUGUCCCCCGAAGCGACAGCCGGCGGAAACCCGAAACCCCAAGAUCUCCAUUCUGCCGUCCUGCAGACCACUUUGCAGGAGAUAUCGUCGCGACCGACCGAGCUCCAAGACUGCUGCGUCAUCUGCCUAGAGGAGGUCACCGAACGCUGCGAGGCCCAACCUUGCCACCACCACAAUUUCGACUACCUCUGCCUCGUGACAUGGCUUGAGCAGCAAGCGGCUUGUCCGCUAUGUAAAACCGAAGUCAAGGAGGUCCGCUACGAUUUCAGCGACGACCAAACGCAAUGGAAAACCUAUAAGGCACCGGAGCGACCGCAGGAAAAGCCUAAAGCUGCGGGAGCCUCUCCUCCGAGCCAACAGGCGAGGCGAUUUUACUCUCAGGCACGCCCGCGAUACUCGCGAUCACAUGCGCGCCCGACCCGGACCUUCACUCCUUCUCAAAACGAGGCGAUUGCGCGCCGGAGGACCGUCUACCGGGACCAAAUGUACUCGUUGCACGUCGGCUCGAACCGUAUCUCGAGAUACAGGGACUUGACGCCGCAGCUGUUUGCCUCCGACGCCGAGCUCGUCUCCCGCGCGCGCACGUUCCUCCGCCGCGAACUGCAAGUCUUUGAGUUUCUAUCGCCAGACAACGACGCGCUGCCCCAGGACGCCGACCCCGUUCGGCGACGCAGGGCAAACAAUGCCGAGUUCCUCCUCGAGUACAUCAUUGCGAUCCUCAAGACCGUGGAUAUGCAGGGCAGCAUGGGCCAGGCCGAGGAGCUGAUCCAGGAAUUUCUGGGAAGGGAGAACACGCGGCUGUUGCUCCAUGAGCUCAGAGCAUGGCUGCGGAGCCCCUACAUGACGUUGGAGAGCUGGGACCGCGCCGUGCAAUACCCGGAUGUUGCGCCUAAGCGGCGGCGACGGUCGCAGAGCCCCAGCGCUGCCGAUCGGGCGGAAUCCUCAAGAAGCGCCGACGGGAUCUAUCCUUCGAGGUGGCGGAGGGACGAGCGGCGCAGGCACCGGCGUGAGCCCCGCGAAUCGCGCCGUUCACGGAAUGACGAGCGGCUGAGAGAGGCUACGGAGCGAUACAUUGUUGACUAG